UCAGGCCUCACACCAUGAGUUCCACAUAUUAAAACCCUAGCUCAUUUCUCUGACUUUCCGACGGUGGGUUUUGGAUUUCGGUUCGUGAAUUUUCAGUUAUUUCUCUUGGGUUACUAUUUCUCGAGGAGAUGGGUACCGAGAGAAAGAGGAAGGUGAGCCUGUUCGAUGUUGUGGAUGAGCCAUCGGUGAAGAUGGCGAAACCGAACGGCGGCGAUGUCGGAAGCAGUUUGAUAAACAAGUGGACGGGUAGGCCAUACACUCCGAAGUACUUUGAGAUUCUGGAGAAGAGGAAGACAUUGCCGGUUUGGCAGCAGAAAGAGGAGUUCCUGCAGGUUCUCAAUGCCAAUCAGACGAUUAUCCUCGUCGGUGAAACCGGAAGUGGUAAAACUACCCAGAUCCCCCAGUUCGUUUUGGAUGCUGUUAAUGUGGAAACUGCGGAUAAACGGAGGAAAUGGCUAGUUGGAUGCACCCAACCACGUAGGGUGGCUGCAAUGUCUGUUUCUAGACGUGUGGCGGAAGAGAUGGAUGUCACUAUCGGUGAAGAGGUUGGUUAUAGCAUCCGUUUUGAGGACUGCAGUGGCGCAAGAACCGUUUUGAAGUAUCUUACAGAUGGUAUGCUUUUGAGAGAAGCAAUGGCAGACCCACUUUUGGAACGUUACAAGGUAAUUAUUCUUGAUGAGGCCCAUGAGAGGACCUUGGCUACAGAUGUUCUGUUUGGUUUGCUGAAAGAGGUGCUGAAAAAUAGACCGGAUCUCAAACUAGUCGUCAUGAGUGCUACUCUCGAGGCUGAAAAGUUCCAAGAAUAUUUCAGUGGAGCACCUCUGAUGAAGGUUCCUGGUAGGCUACAUCCGGUCGAGAUUUUCUAUACCCAAGAACCUGAAAGGGACUACUUGGAAGCAGCCAUUCGAACUGUUGUGCAGAUUCAUAUGUGUGAGCCUCCUGGUGACAUUCUUGUCUUCCUAACCGGGGAAGAGGAGAUAGAGGAUGCCUGCAGAAAAAUAAAUAGAGAAGUUUCAAACAUUGGGGACCAGGUCGGACCUGUUAAAGUUGUGCCUCUUUACUCUACGCUUCCUCCAGCUAUGCAGCAAAAGAUUUUCGAAUCUGCCCCUCCUCCCUCGACAGAAGAUGGUCCUCCUGGUAGAAAAAUUGUGGUUUCUACGAACAUUGCCGAAACUUCUCUGACUAUUGAUGGGAUUGUGUAUGUUAUUGAUCCGGGAUUUUCAAAACAAAAGGUUUACAAUCCAAGAAUCCGUGUCGAGUCACUACUGGUAUCCCCGAUAUCUCAAGCGAGUGCACACCAGAGAUCUGGUCGUGCUGGAAGAACCCGACCGGGGAAAUGUUUCAGGCUUUACACAGAAAAAAGUUUCCAAAAUGAUCUUCAGGCACAGACCUACCCAGAAAUAUUGCGAUCAAAUCUUGCGAAUACAGUGCUGACUCUGAAAAAGCUGGGGAUAGAUGAUCUGGUGCAUUUUGAUUUUAUGGACCCUCCUGCACCGGAGACGCUGAUGCGAGCAUUAGAGGUGCUGAAUUACUUGGGAGCAUUGGAUGACGAAGGGAACUUGACAAAGCUGGGUGAGAUAAUGAGUGAAUUUCCCUUGGACCCGCAGAUGGCAAAGAUGCUUAUUGUCAGCCCUGAAUUCAACUGUUCAAAUGAGAUUCUAUCGAUAUCAGCAAUGUUGUCAAUACCCAAUUGCUUUGUCCGCCCUAGGGAGGCCCAAAAAGCUGCAGAUGAGGCAAAAGCUAGGUUUGGACACAUUGAUGGAGACCACCUCACCCUUUUGAACGUCUACCAUGCAUACAAGCAAAACAGUGAAGAUCCAAACUGGUGCUACGAGAAUUUUAUCAACAACAGAGCCUUGAAAUCUGCCGAUAAUGUGAGGCAACAGCUAGUGCGGAUCAUGGCCAGAUAUAACUUGAAGCUCUGCAGCACUGACUUCAACAGCCGAGACUACUAUGUGAACAUAAGAAAAGCCAUGCUUGCGGGAUACUUCAUGCAGGUGGCUCAUCUUGAACGGACUGGUCAUUAUCUGACAGUUAAAGACAACCAAGUGGUCCACUUGCAUCCAUCUAAUUGCUUAGAUCAUAAACCAGAGUGGGUUAUCUACAACGAGUAUGUGUUGACUAGCAGGAAUUUUAUCCGCACAGUGACUGAUAUCAAGGGAGAAUGGCUGGUAGAUGUAGCCCCACACUAUUACGAUCUAACAAAUUUCCCAAACUGUGAGGCAAAACGAGUUCUUGAGAAACUGUACAAGAAGCGGGAGAGAGAAAAAGAGGAAAGCAGAAACAAGAGAUGAUGAUAAUGCUACUGCCCUUCAUCAUCAUCAUCAUCAUCUCAUCUGGUUAAAAAAUCCAGUUGUCCGUUACUAAACUCAAUGGCAGUGUGAAGGAAGGAGGCAGGCAUGAUGAUGAUGGAGCCAAGAGGUGAAAGAGAGAGAAUCAGCUAUGCUUCUAUAUGUUUGUUAGCUUCUUACAUGCCUGGAGGGCAUUUGUACCUUCAUUUAGUUCUUGAAGAGUUCGGUCUUGAGUCUCUACCAUAAAUGCUAUAAACUAAUCUCUUGUUUUCGAUUGCCCUUCUAUUUAAAAUGUCUUUGAUCGGACAAAGCCUGUGCCUUUGGUUUUUGCCUGGUUGUCUUUCUGUUA